UUUGAAAGCUUGCAUACCGAGCACUGAGUAUCUGUAAUCGACCUCCUUUCUAUAGUCUAGUCUCUCAAUCUAAAAAGUCAUAUAAUCUAUCCAGUUUCAGCGUCCAGCGUUCUUUCUAAGAUUUUGAGGUAUUCUAUUCGAAGCUAAAUGAGCCUCACAUACCCUAUCCUAUACAUCAUUCACUUCUUUACCCAAACGUUCCUUUUUAUAAAACACCUCUUUGAUCGCAUCACCGCCUUCGUCAAAUCCAUUUGGAAAUCCCGCGAACUUUCACAGCCGCCUACCCCUCAACCAAAAUCUCCUCCACCGCCACAGCCUCCUUCCAAAUCUCCUGUCCGAGAGCUCAGGGCCAGGAAGCCUCAUUCCCAGCCCUCUGCCCGAGAAUUCAAGAUCAGAAAUCUUGACGGGUCGAAAGAGGUGUUUCGGACGCACUAGAAAAUGCCACUCAACCCCUCCAACCCCACAAUCACCCGCCCUCCCCCAAACGCGGUGGUCUACGACCUCUCCUCUCCCACUCAAACCACCAUAACCCUCCCCGUACGU